AUAUUCAUACUUGUGGAUUUUCCGUACGGUUUAUUACCGUGUUGGCUUUUGUGAGUGAUAUAUAUCUUUUCAGUCAACCCUUGCCAUUAACAGCAAUCCAGAGAAGAAUUUCAUACUUUGAACUUCUGCGUUCAACAAAUGAAUUUCAUGAGAGUAAUCUGCUGGGCGUUGGAAGUUAUUGCUCUGUGUAUCAAUGUGUUACUAGAUGAGGACGUGGUUGCGCACGGAUGUGAUUUCGGGAUAGCAAAACUCUUUGGUGAAAGCGAAUCCAUUGCACAAACCAAGACCCUUGCCACGAUAGGGUAUAUGGCACCAGAAUAUGGACUGGAUGGUCUUGUGUCCACGAAGAUUGAUGCCUACAGCUUUGGGAUCAUGUUGAUGGAAAUGUUCACGCGAAAAAAGCCUGCUGAUGAAAUGUUUGAGGGAGAAAUGAGCCUAAAGAGAUUGCUGAAAGAAUCCUUGCCUGAUUCCGUAAUUGACAUUGUGGAUAGCAGCAUGCAGAAUAGAAGAGAUGGAUAUUCAGUAAAUAAGGAGCACUGUGUCACAUCUAUAAUGGAAGUUGGCUUUGCAAUGCACUUAUGAAUCACCUGAAGAAAGGAUCAACACUCUCGAUAUUCUGGCAAGGCUUCAGAAGAUCAAAGUGGAGUUCUUGAGAGAACCUGAGAGACGAUUGACAUAAGAAACAUCAACUCCUAGUACCUUCCAGUACCUCACUGCCCAUUCCAUUUUCCGGUUGUGUAAGUUAUAUUUUCUUGUCAAUAAUCUGAACUUUAACAGUUGUAUGACCAUUUGAAGAGGCGUUAAUCCCAACUUUAUUUCAAAAAUACUGCUAUCAGAGCUCCUGUCAAGACCCUCUAACCUAGAAUGGA